ACAGGACUGACCUACUAACACAGAUCCCUCUCCAACGGCAGCGGCAGCACCACCAGCAGACACGUUCGCUCCCUCGCGGAGACAGAAGCUGCUCCACUCCCAGGACUGGUGCAAGGGGCUUCGCAGCCACUCGCUCCGAGUUCUCUCGCCCCGUUCCCCACGGCGAUCGGGAGAAGAACAGAGGCAAAUGCCAGCGGUUUGCUGGAAGGAUACCGCUUAUUUCAUUCUGCUAGUGGCGGUUAUGAAGGUUACUUAGAAGGUUCCCAUUACGUCUCUCAAGAAGUAAAUUGGAUCUGAACAUUCUUCUGUUUGAUAAUAUGAAACAAAAGGAAUAAUGCAUAUGGAUUUAAAAGUACUGUAUUUAUUAGGUAAUUAUGGUUUGAGAAGCACUGGGAAAACAACUCACUCUGUUACUCAUCAUAGAUCUACUAAAAAUUGUUUCUGAUGCAGCUGAGAAAAAUGCAGACCAUUAAAAAGGAACAGGCACCUGUUGACACAAGUAGCAAUGUGGACAAAAUCAUGGUACUUAAUUCUACUUUAGCAGAAGUGUCUGAAGACUUGGCUACAAAUGAAGACAUACUACUUAAUGAAGGAAAUAGUGGAAAAAACAAAUCAUCAUCAUGUCGGAGAAAGCGGGAAUUCAUUCCAGAUGAAAAGAAAGAUGCUAUGUAUUGGGAAAAAAGACGAAAAAAUAACGAAGCUGCCAAAAGAUCUCGUGAAAAACGACGACUGAAUGACCUUGUCUUAGAGAACAAACUAAUUGCAUUAGGAGAGGAGAAUGCCACGUUAAAGGCUGAGCUGCUUUCAUUGAAGCUAAAGUUCGGUUUAAUUAGCUCUGCAGCAUAUGCCCAAGAGAUACAGAAGCUCAGUAAUUCAACAGCUGUGUAUUUCCAGGACUAUCAAACUUCCAAAUCAAAUAUUAACUCAUUUGUGGAUGAACAUGAACCAUCUAUGGUGGGUAGUAGUUGUAUUUCUGUCAUCAAACACUCUCCACAAAGCUCUUUAUCUGAUGUGUCUGAAGUAUCCUCAGUAGAGCAUAUUCAAGCAAGUCCUAUACAGAACAAUUGCAGAAGUCCUGAAAAUAAGUUUCAGGUUAUAAAGCAGGAGCCUAUGGAAUUGGAGAACUAUGCAAGAGAGUCAAGAGAUGAUAGAGGCUCCUAUGCAGCAUCCAUGUUUCCAAACUACAUAGUGAAUACCUUUAAUGGAUACUCACAUUCCCCUCCUCUGCUGCAAGUUAAUAGGUCCUCCAGUAAUUCUCCAAGAACUUCAGAAGCUGAUGAUGUGGUCAUAGGAAAGUCAUCUGAUGGAGAAGAUGAGCAGCAGGUCCCUAAAGGUCCAAUUCAUUCCCCAGUUGAACUUAAAAAUGUUCAUGCAACAGUUAAAGUUCCAGAGGUGAACUCUUCUGCACUGCCUCACAAGCUUCGAAUUAAGGCCAAAGCCAUGCAAAUCAAAGUGGAAGCAAUGGAUAAUGACUAUGAUGCCACACGGAAAUUAUCAUCACCAGUUGACAUGACAUCUAAAAGACAUUUCGAGAUUGAAAAGCACAAUGCACAAAAAUUGGUACAUUCUUCUCACACUCCUUUCUCUGUUCAAGUGACUAAUAUCCAAGACUGGUCUCUCAAACCAGAACAUUGGCACCCAAAGGAACUCAAUGUAAAAAUUCAGAGUGGUUGCAAAACUGGAGUUGUUGAAAUUAAAGACGAUGUCUACAAAGUAUCUGAGUCAGAGAACUUGUAUUUGAAGCAGGGCAUAGCAAACUUAUCUGCAGAGGUUGCUUCACUUAAAAGACUUAUAACUACACAACAAAUCUCUGCUUCAGACUCUGGUUAAGUUACUACUGAUUAAAGGCUUAUUGUUUUAAAGGAUGUCAUUUGCAGUGAUCAAUAAGUUUUGUAUUAUGCUGAAUUUUCACUGGACUUGUGAUGUCAGUUCACUGUAAUGUUCAUAUAAUGUCUGAUUGAUGGUGUCUUUUUGUGCACAAAUUAUUAUGAAGACUAGGUUGUGUUAUGAUCACUAUGCCUUGUGUAUAGUCAAGUAGCCUGUAUGGGGGCUGUAUAUAGUGAACCUUUUCUUUUUCUUGUUGUUGUUGUUGUUCUAUUAUAAAGUGUGCAAGUUACCAGUUACAAUAAAAUAUUGGUGACAAAUACAGAACAUCUGCUCCAGGUCAAUUGAUUUCUAUAAAUAUGUAAAUAUUUUGUUAAUUGUCAAAUAAGAAGUCUUCCCAAAUGUAUUUCAGUUCACCCAUAUUCUUGAGGUUUACAGCCUAAAUAAACCAAAUUGAAAUUUAUGACAUACCUGCUUGGAAAAAAUCCUCGGUCACGUUUUUUUCUUACGGCCCUUUUAUAAGAGAAUAGAAACUGGCUUGAUGUAUUAAGAGAUGUAAAUAUGAAGAUCAAGUUUUCUUACCUUAUUUAUUACAGUAGAUAUACCAAAACAAUAAUAUUAAGGAAAAUUUUCUACUAUUGUCUCAAAUGAAAGAAUAUCUGGCUUUCAGUGCAGCUUAUUGAGACGGAUACUGAGGCAUUUAUCUUGUAUAGCUUGAUUCUCCAUAUAAAAUUAAGAUUGUGGAUCUUUGUAAUUUACAGAAUCAUGAAGCUGGAAUAAUAGUAAAUCCAGCUGCAGCCCCUCUGCCCUUAAUCAGUGUUCCAGGCCUGAAAUACAGUGGAUCUGCAUCAUUUCCACUGUGUAGGUGUGGAGUAGGCUAUCUACAGACAGGCCAUGCAAAAGGACUGCAUCUCCUGGAUGUAGUAGUUCUCUCCAUAGCAAUAUGGUGGAGAAUUGUGGCUUGGCUAGGGACAUCCGCAUGUUGAAAACCCUUACAAAGCAGACUAUGGUAUCACCAGUGGAGUUGCAAGGUCCCAGCUGACACCUGGGUUCACAUACUAAGGCCCAGAACAGUUAUAGGAAUGAAAUAAGGUUUAUACAAGAUUCCCAGAAGUGAUUAGCUCUAGAUCUGGAAGAAAAAGAGGGGGGAAAGUUCUAAAACAAAUGUAAUUUCCAUUUUUUGUCAAAAAACAUUCUGUGGAAAUUUUCUCAUCCGCUUUAGUAAGCUGACAACAAAUGUCCUUGGAUGUUGCAUCAAGCGUUUUAAGUGUAAAGAAGACAAAAUACAGAGAUUCAAAUCUUCUGUGCAGUUCAGCUCACCUUGAUCUUUGCUCAGGCAACAAGUGUUUAACACUGUGUUUGGCUGGGCUAGAGUCAGUAUUUUUUUCCUCUUUGUGAGGAGCCAUUAGGGCAUGAAGACUUCCUGCUAAAUCAUACUCCUAUCACUUUGGCUGGCCAAAUUCUCACAUUUUUAAAUAUUAAAUUGUUUUUAAAAUAGUAUCUGCGUUUGGCAGGGUUCUUUUUUUAGACAAUUUGCCAUCAUUUAAAAAAUAUUAAUAAACAUCUUACAGUUUCCUGGAGAAAAUCACGAUUAAUUGCCAUGAUCCAUAGGGAACCCUACUUUGUCAACAUUGAUUUAAAAAAACGGGUGUCAGUGAUAUUAAUUUCAUACUUCACUAAGAAUGACAGGCAGAUUUAAAUUAGUUAGAGGUGGGGGGAUGUUGGGUGAAGAGGAACAUCUGAAGCAACUUUCUGUAGCUGUGGAACCUGGGUGAAAUCCUGUGCCCACUAAAGUCAGUGGCAAAACUUCCACUGACUUCAGUGGAGCCAGGAUUUCACACCUUAUCUUUUCUGUGGCUGAUGAACCAUGAUUGUGUUCUGUGUGUGGGCCUUGUCAUAGAAGCAACUGGUGAUCUUUCACAUUUCUUUGCAUUCACAAAGCCUGUUAAUUGCUGAACUGCACCUAUUGCUCUUAAUUCAUGUCCUAAUAAUGCAAUAGACACUAUAGUUAGGAUUUGUGUACAUUUGGCAAGUAAUAGAAGGAACACACUUGAACAUUUCUGAAAAUGAGUCCAGGAUUAUCAUUACAAAACUUAGGGAACUGCAAGUGAAUGAGUAGGAUUGGAAACACUAGAAGAUGAUUGCUACUAGCUGUUUGCUUGAAAAACAUCUGUAAUGUUUCUUUAAAUAUUUCAGAAUUCUUUAAAUAUUUUAGAUGUUAUAUAUUUCCUUGUGUAAUAAAAUGUGUUCAAUGGGAUGAUUUAAAACGAUGAGUAAUGACAUCUGUGUACGCUGACCAACAUCUUUAGCUGUUCCUCUGUUUGAUUAUUUUAGCUCUUGUUACUUAUAGUUGUCAGUUGUAAUGGAUAAACAUAGCCCUCCUUUCUAGGUGGUUAUAUUUUUACACUAUUUUGCAUGUCUCUAUUUUGUGCAA